UGUUGGAUUCAAUCAAGAUUAUGGUAAGUGUGUCAUGUACAUGGAUUGUUGAUAGUUUUGAGUCGAUUUAAUUACUUUGCCUUAUAUUUACAAGUCGUGUAGGUUAGUUGCUUGUUAGGCAACUAAUCAGGCCCUUGUAACACUUAAUGUUGGUAAAGUGUUCAACAUAAUCACCCAGUGAAUAUUUGCACAGACUGGUAACAGGUCUGUAAUUAACUUGUUGGUGAGGAACUAAUUUUAUACUAACCGUGGCAUAGUAGCCAGGGAAGAAAUAAUGAAAAUUUACAAAACUAUUAUGUGUUUGCUUACCAAGUCAUGUAACAACAUCAAAUUGUCUCAGUUAAGGAAAUCAACUAGAGGAAUGACAAAAGACUAAGAGAAAAGUAAAAUUCACAUAAAAAGUGUGAAAAAUAUAUAACAGGAUUCUAAAGAUUUAGGGGAAAAUACAGCUUGGAUUCGUUUUCUUCAUUGUUGCCGAUAUUCAACCAUACUGUUUACAACAAAUAAUAAUAUCCUAGGUUGUUGGUCACAUUUAUUGUUUAAGGGCCAAAGAUUUUAUUUGACUGGUUGAGUGAGAAUUCGUAUGUCUCAGUGAAUGAGACACGACUAAAGUGAACCUGAGUGUCUAGUUAUCGAUUUUGCUGUUUCACGGACCUGAAAAAGUAUCUAAUGCUUUCACCACAGUUUGGAUUAACACUCGAAGGCUUCGUGUUUGAACACCGUUUCCUGAUCUGACCGCGAAGGCCUCAUUCAUCCCGCUCUUGUUGUAAUUGUAAGCUGAGGUAGCUGAUAGUUCGACUUGCCUAACACUGUGUCAUAAUGGUGUACCUAGGCGACUGUUAACAACUUCAUUAGUUAUACAAAAAAGAAACCGACACUGACUGCACUGCAACUUUUGUUUCAUCCCUUUGACGGAAUGUGAGAUAUGUGAAAGUAUAGCUCACCACAAAUUUGGGGUUGACCAUUUAUUUUUUCAGGGUUAAUCUUAAAAUCUUGUAAGUUAUUCGAGAUGUGAAUUUUUGUGAAGCAUAAAACUUUGUGUCUUGUUAAUCAUUUUUAUUAUGGAAAUGCAUUUAACUAGUUCUAAGUGAAUCUAUUGUUGUACAUUUGGUGUUAGACGCUGAGAAUUCUCCUUACUGCAAUUUUCAGACAGUUUCAUUCAAGAAUUCCGUCUGUGCUGUAAAUAUUCCCUAUAAACUAAAACGUUCCAUCACCGACAAUUUGAAUUGUCAGUCUCAUCCUGCAUAUAACUCGUCUAGGAAAUAUAAGUGCUCAUAGAACUUCUUGGUUAUUUGAAACUAACAAGUUUCGAUUGGUAUUACUACUAAUUCGAUAUCCGAGAUGGUACUGGUGUAGGCUAUAUGGAAAUGUUAUUCCGUACAAAUCUACUGGGUAUAUUAGGCGGUGGUAAUCAUUCACGCCUAUCAAGCAAUGUUGCCUGUUUAUGGGAUGGAAUGAAACAACAAUUCCUUUUAGAAAUUACUUGUGCAACAGAUGUUCGAGGUAUUCGUUUAAGACAUGAUCGAAUAAUAAUUAUCCUUGUGAAUGCUAUCAAAGUGUACACUUUCAGUCCAUCACCGCAAUUAGUUUUCGAGUCAAAAACAUGUUCAAAUCCUUUAGGAUUAUGUUAUGUAUGCCAAAGUGCCGAUAAUCCAUUGGUUGUAUUCCCUGGCCGACGACCCGGUACUGUUCUACUUGUACAUAUUGGAAAUACUAGUGGCAAUGUGAUUGUGAAUAAUAAUGAUAAUAAUAAUAAUAUGAAUAGUACUGUUAUGAGUGGGAAUAUCAGUGGUAGCACCAGUAAUCUUAGUAAUAUGAAUACAAAUAUUGGAGGUUGUUCAAGUUCGACUAAUAGUACUACCACACCACUGCCUGUUAGUAGUAGUACAAUGUGUCCAUCAUCCACAAAUGCAACAAAUAUGCCACCGAGACAAAUAGUCGCACAUGAAAACCCUUUGGCAUCGAUCAGUUUAAAUCGUGAUGGUUAUUUACUGGCUACAGCAUCACAGAAAGGCACUUUAAUACGUGUCUUCUCAACAAAAGACUGUAGUCUACUGCAUGAAUUACGACGUGGAACAAGUCAAGCUACAAUCACUUCAUUAUCAUUUAAUAAGGAUAGUGAUUUGUUGUGUGUUACGAGUGAACGUGGUACAGCGCAUAUCUUCUGUUUGGCGAAAGAUAAUACUUCUUCUUUUUCGUCGUCGUCGACGUCGAAUCUGCGUAAUACACCGACUGGGGGGAAUAGUCCUCAUUUUAUGAAGUCUACAGGAUCCGGUUCUGGUAAGCUUUUUCCACGUUCUCUAUUUUCUAAUACAAGCCAUGUACGUUGUGUUUUGGAGACUAAAUUCAAAGCAAUAUGCGCCUUCAGUGUUGUCAGUCCUGAUACACUAAUUGUUUUAGCUGCUGAUGGUUCCUAUUACAAGUAUACAUUUACAGCGAAUGGUACAGUAACACGUGUAACAUUUGUGAAUUUUCUCGACUUCUAUGAUGAUGAAACCGAUUUCUAAGCACAUCUAUUAUGUGUGUGUGUAUGUGUGUGUGUGUAGACACUUUCUUUGAUACAAAGCUUAUUUUAUUGGCCUGUCUCCCCCACCACCACCACGUCUUCUACACUCCCUGACUGACUGACCACCACUUUUUUUCGGCCCUUUUUCUUGGCCAACUGAGCUGGUGUGAAUAGUCUGAUGACACACUAAUGUCAAUCCUUUAUCAGCUGAUAAUGAUGUUGAUGAUGAUGACGAACAACUGUUAACCUGUUAACCAGUCGGAAUGUCACUGACCUCAUCGUCACCCCUCAGUAUUCAGCUUUGUUUUUGUUUGUGUUUUUUAUCACCUGGCUAUGCGUUUCAUCUUUUCUGACAUCACAUGUACGUACGUAUGUGUUCGUGUGCGUAUGUGUCUCUGUAAUGUAUGUAUGUAUGUAUGUAUGUGCUUGUAUGUAUGUCAUUGAUUCUACUUUCUUUCUCCUCCCUUUAUGACCGACCCGAUGUGAUUAAAAGAAUGAACUGGAAAAAAGAGAUUUAGCCUCCUUGUUUUGUUUUGCCUUGUUGUUUUUUUUUGUUGCUGUUUUUUGACUUUUUUUGGUGAUGUGUUUCCCUUCUUUUGUAUCACUUUCUUAUUUGUUUACUGAUUGUGAUUGACUCUAUAAAUAAUCUAUGGUCAA